CCUGCUCCCUUCAGUUUUACCGACCGUCGCUUUCGUUUCGAAAACAUCUUUUCUUCUGCAUAUUCUCCACAGAAUCUUCGUGAAUUGGAACACUGGUCAUCGUAUACGAGUACAACUGUAUUUUACGGUUUGUUCGAUUCCAAUUUCCCAGGAAAAUUACAGAAAACCUAGUGAGCGAAAUUCGCGCACCGACGUUCACCCCACGAGCCCGACUGACUAUACGUUGUUUGACAAAACAUAAAUUUAAAUAAUAUCAGUGAUUGAGAAGAGACAUUGAUAUUUUCUAACUUUGCAUUGAAGCAAAAAAGUAUGCAAUUACUGAAAUAAAUGGAAAUUGAAUGGAUGAAUUCGGUAUCAAACCUGGGAACAUCCGAAAAACUUUCAAAGUAGUUGCAAAAUUUGCUCAUUGUUGCAACAAUUAAUGUAACAGUAACAUGGCCGGCAAUUUUUGGCAAAGCUCACAUCAUCAACAAUGGCUUCUUGAUAAACAAGAUUUAGUACGGGAACGACAACACGAUCUUUCUAUUUUAACAGAAGAAGAAUAUCAGAAGUUAUUUAUCUUUUUCUCAAAUUUGAUCCAAGUAUUGGGUGAACAAUUAAAACUUAGGCAACAAGUUAUAGCUACAGCAACUGUUUAUUUUAAAAGAUUUUAUGCUCGUAAUAGUUUAAAAUGUAUAGACCCAUUGUUACUAGCACCUACAUCAGUCUUUUUAGCAUCUAAGGUAGAAGAAUUUGGAGUUAUUUCUAAUACUAGGUUAAUUACAACUUGUCAAACUGUAGUAAAAAAUAAAUUUAAUUAUGCUUAUUCACAAGAAUUUCCAUAUCGUACAAAUCAUAUUUUGGAAUGUGAAUUUUAUCUUCUGGAACAUUUAGACUGUUGUUUAAUUGUAUAUCAACCAUAUCGUCCACUAUUAACACUCAUUCAAGAUGUAGGUCCAGACGAUCAGUUAUUGACACUUGCUUGGCGUAUAGUUAACGAUAGUUUAAGAACAGAUGUUUGUUUAUUAUAUCCGCCACAUCAAAUAGCUAUUGGUUGUUUACAAAUAGCUUGCGUUAUAUUACAAAAGGAUGUAAAAUCAUGGUUUGCUGAAUUGAAUGCUGACAUGGAAAAGAUUCAAGAAAUGGCUCGUUACAUUAUCAAUUUAUAUGAAUUAUGGAAAACGUAUGACGAAAAGAAAGAAAUUCAGGGAUUAUUAAAUAAAAUGCCAAAACCAAAAGCAGCACCACAGCGCUGACAGGAAGCUCUGUUGUCUUCUAAUGUUUGGAACUGAUAAUAAAAUAUUUUUAAAAAAGUA